AAAAAUAAAAAAAAGAUCCGUAUAAGAUUUGUGUUUUACUCUCUGCACUUAGGAACUGUCUCCAAGAAAUUCGAAAUGUGAAUUUGGAAGCGCAGGCGUUACUUCUUCACAAUUCAAACCCACAGGCAUCUUUAACAAUCAAUCAACCCACAACCUCCGCAUUUACAUCCAUUCUCUUUCUCUUUCUCAUUACUUAUAGUGAUUCUUCCCUUUCGAAUUUCAAUUAAUCCGUUAUUCCGUUUCAGAUUUCUUCUAUGGAUUAAUUUUAUCUAUUUCACACUUUGAAUCACUCCUUUUUUUCUCUUUUUUGAUUCAUUUUAUUUCUUCAUUGAUUGAUUGAUUGAUUGAUUUAGUAGAUUUUGAGAAUGGCGACACCGACGCCAUUAAAUAUGGUUGAGAAAGCUCAUCAGUUGUAUCGUGAAGGUCGUUUUACUCAAGCAUUAAGUCUUUAUUCGGAUUCACUUUCUAUUGCUAAAACUAAAGCUCAGAAGAUUGCUCUUCAUAGUAAUCGGGCCGCUUGCUUUCUUAAAUUGUACGACUUCAAGCAGGCAGCUGCUGAAUGCACUUGUGUUCUUGAGCUUGAUCAUAAGCACACAGGAGCAUUAAUGUUGCGUGCCCAAACGUUGGUCACAUUGAAGGAGUAUCAAUCCGCACUAUUUGAUGUCAAUCGACUCCUAGAGUUGAAUCCCUCAUCGGAAGUAUAUUUAAACCUGCAAGCUCGUUUAAAAACACAAUUGUCUCUUGCUCCGAUCCCUGAGGUAGAAAGCGAACUCGAGGAAGAUGAUGAAGAUAUUACUGCAGAUAUGUCAGAAAAAUCUGAGGAGCAGAAGGAUUUAGAAGCGACACAGGAGAAAGAAGACACAGACGCAUACACCAUUGAGAAGCCUGUACUCAAUGUCCACACUCCUGACCGUAUUGUAAAUCCUGAAACCAAUGGUGAUCAAAAGUCUUAUGAUCCUCAUUCAAAGGGAUGGCAAACAAUCCCAAAACCAAAGGGGCACUCUAGACUUGACUACUCACGUUGGGAUAGAGUAGAAGAUGAUUCUAGUGAAGAAGACGAUGAAGAGGAUGAAGAAGAUGACGAUACCCAUCCGCAAUAUAGAUUCCGUGUGAAAAAUGUUGAUAUACGGCCAGUUAAAUGAAUAUAUUUAUACAUCAUUAGCACAAAACCUAUACCUGGGGCUGCAUACCGAUUUAUUCUAGUUAUGGAGUCUUGAACAUCUUGUACGGCAUUUAUAUUGUCCUGCUUCUCGACUUUUCUACAUACUAGCCGAACUACAAAGGCUCACCACAAGUUUUUGACAUGGAAUAUCAAUUUGAUGUAUAUAUCUUUCAUAGUUUAUACUACAAGCACUGUUAUUUGUGGAGUUGGGGACGUAUAUAUAGGAAAACUUGUGACUUUUACUUGACAAACUCGAUGGUUCAUUUGGUGUUAAUUUUAUAUAAAUUUCAAGUAAAGUUUACGA